AUGGUAUUUACAUGAUAGAUCUGUUGGCAGGUGAUCCAAUCAAAUAUGUGGGAUCUUCUGUAACCAUUGAAGCUGAUAACAGGAUUGUUUUGGGGAAGAUGGCUACUUGUGAUGGCCCAACAAAUGUUUAUACUGUAAUUCAUGGCAGAACAUUAGCCAGUGGUCAGCGAGGGGAGGUGUAUGAGUUGAAUGGUGACCAAGUUGCAGUUAUUCUUGAAAACAAAAUGGAUGAAGAGAACGGUGAGAAACCCAUGGCCAUGCCAGAAGUUGCUAAGCCAUCAAUAUACUGGAUACCUGUCAAGCACAUUGAACAUGACAAUGACGUUCAGGCUGAAGAGAUAUACAUUGCUAUGGAGGCACUUAGUGAGGUCCUAAAGUCUGUGCAGCCACUUAUUGUUUACUUUCCAGAUUCCUCUCUGUGGUUUUCUAAAACUGUGUCCAAACCAAACCGAAAAAAGUUUUUUGAGAAGGUGCAAGAAAUGUUUGAUCAGUUACGUGGACCAGUCAUUUUGAUUUGUGGCAAAAACAAGAUUGAGAGCGGAUCAAAAGAAAAAGAAAAUUUUAGAGUGAUACUUCCAAAUUUGGCGCGUCUUGCUAAGCUGCCUCUUUCUUUAAAGCAGCUUACUGAGAGAGUGCCUGCCUCAAAACAUUCCAUUGAUGAUGGAAUCCAUAGGCUAUUCGCUAACAUUAUGUUCAUUCCAUCCCCUAAGGAUGAAGAUAUCCUUGGAACAUUCAAUAAGCAAAUGGAAGAAGAUAGGAAAUUUAUGAUAUCUCGGAGAAACUUUACUGAAUUGCAUAAGGUUCUUGAGGAGCACAAUCUAUAUUGCUUGGACUUGUUGCUUGUCAAUUCUGCUGGGGUGAAACUGACAAAACAAAAAGCAGAAACAGUUGUGGGCUGGGCGAAAAAUCAUUAUUUGUCAUCUUGCAAAGAACCUUACAUAAAGGGAGAUAGGAUGUACUUGCCUCGCGAAAGCCUUGAAGUUGCAAUUUUGAGAUUAAAAGAACAGGAAGCGAUGUCAAAAAAGCCUUCACAUGGUCUGAAGAGUCUUGCGAAGAAUGAGUAUGAGCGUAACUUUAUUUCAGCAGUUGUUCCUCCUGGUGAGAGAGGAGUGAGGUUUGGCGAUGUUGGUGCCCUUGAAGAUGUGAAAAAGGCGUUGAAUGAACUUGUCAUUCUGCCUAUGCGGAGACCAGAGCUUUUCUCACGUGGCAAUCUGUUGCGGCCUUGCAAAGGUGUGUUACUAUUUGGGCCACCUGGCACUGGGAAAACCCUUAUUGCAAAAGCACUUGCAACAGAGGCUGGGGCAAAUUUUUUGAAUGUUACUGGUUCAUCACUUACGUCUAAGUGGUUUGGAGAUGCUGAGAAGCUAACUAAAGCUCUGUUCUCUUUUGCUAGCAGACUGGCACCGGUAAUCAUCUUCAUUGAUGAGGUUGACAGCUUACUUGGUGCUCGUGGCGGUGCGUCUGAGCAUGAGGCAACUCGAAGAAUGCGUAAUGAAUUUAUGUCUGCAUGGGAUGGCUUGAGGACAAAAGAUAGUCAACAAAUUCUCAUUCUUGGUGCAACAAACCGGCCAUUUGACCUUGAUGAUGCUGUUAUUCGUCGUUUACCUAGACGAGUGCUUGUGGUUACACAGGAAGGAAGCAGAGCUGAUCCAAAUCCUCCUAUUCUGAGGCCUCUCAAUUUAACAGACUUCUUCCAAUCCAAAGCCAAGGUGGGACCAUCAGUUGCAUAUGAUGCAGCUAGCAUGAAUGAAUUGAGGAAAUGGAACGAACGGUAUGGCGAAGGAGGGAGCAGGAGAAUGUCACCUUUUGGCUUUUGAAACAAAAAUUUCAAAUGGCCAUUUUGCAGUUAUGCAGAGAGGCUCCUAUCUUGAGGUUAGGAAUCACAGUUUCCAAUAUAAAUUUGGCUUUGUUCCAUAUAGGAAUCUUUGUUGUCCAUAACAUCUCUUUUUAAAAAAAAAAAAAAUAUUGUGUUAUUUUUAUGUAGCAAUUGUAGGAUAUUGUCCCAUAGUUAUUUUCAAUGGGUACACCAUGCACAACCAACAUUUAUGACCUUUGGUUGCAUAAUUGUCAAUUUUUCCAUUUUAAUGCUCUUUUAGUCCCAUCAAUUUGUAAUCCCGCCGUUAAAUAAUCUUCAUGUUUCGGA